GGCGAUCAGCCGCGGCCGCACCUUCUUGCGCCCCAUGGCCUGCCCGCGCCUCCCCGCCGCGCUUCGCGAAGCCGGCCCGCCGCCGGAAGCGGCUGGUGUUCUCUACAAAAGCCUCCGGGCACGACCGGAAGCGGAGGAGGCCGGGCAGGCUAUGGCGAAGGUUGGGUCCCGCAGGGUCGGGCGCUCGUGUCGGGGCCGGGGACAGCGGCGGCCCACGACCUGGGAGAUCUCGGACUCGGACACUGAGGGGCCCGUCGGCGCGGGAGCCGACUCAGAGGCCGCCGUGAGGGCCCGGGACCCGGCGGAGCAGCGCAGAGCGGAGGCCGAGGCGCUGCGGCUGCUGCGGCCCAAGCAGGCACUGCGGCGCCUGGCGGUGCGCGUGGACCCAGCCAUCCUGGAAGAUGCUGGUGCUGACAUCCUGAUGGAGGCCUUGGGCUCCCUGGGCUGUGAGUACCACAUCGAGCCCCAGCGCCCCGCCCGGAGCCUCAGGUGGAGCAGAGUGAAGCCAGAACCUUGCCCCUGCAGUGUGCCUCCUGAAGUGUGGGCUGCGGGUGAGCAGGAACUGCUGCGGCUGCUGGAGCCUGAGGAGUUUCUGCAGGGUGUCUUCCAGCUGACCCAGAUCUGUGGCCCAGCCUGUUCAGUGCCCUGGAUCUCUCCUGAGAGCCCCACCUGCCUUCACCUGGCUGUCAUCGGGCUGGAUGCCUACCUGUGGUCUCACCAGCCCAAUGCCCAGGAGAUGCAGCAGCCAGAGAGUCCAGGGGUAGCCCGUGCAGAGGUGGCGGUCGGCUGGCCUGAAGUGGAGGAGGCCCUGGUGCUCCUGCAGCUCUGGGCAAACCUGGAUGUGUUACUGGUGGCCUCCUGGCAGGAGCUGAGUCAGCACGUGUGCGCCUUCACUAAGGCCCUUGCCCAGCGCCCCUUCAAGCAGUUCCAAGAGUCCGGGACCUUUUCCUUCUGCACAGCUGGGCGCUGGACGGCAGGCGAGCGUGUGACAAAAGAUGGCACAGGGCUUCGGGGGGCCUGGUGGCGACAGAUUAGGCAGUUCAACCGAGUCAGCCCGGCUGUGGCUGAUGCUGUUGUCACUGCCUUCCCUUCUCCCCGCCUUCUGCAGCAGGCGUACUUGGCCUGCAGCACUGAUCAAGAGCGCCUGGCCCUCCUGGCUGAUCUCCCCGUGAAGGUGGAUGAAGGCGCUCGGCCCCGAAGGGUGGGGCCUGACCUUUCCCGUCGCAUCUGCCUCUUCCUGACCUCCACCAACCCUGACCUCCUGCUGGAUCUGAGCUCCUGACCUGCAGGGCCUUCUCCCACCAACAAACUGAACAGAAACAGAAGGCACCCCAACAAGGAAGAGACCAGAAACCAAAGGGGUGGGGGGAGGAGAGCUCACCCAGCACAGCUGUCCCUCAGCCUGGGGAGAGGCUCAGCCAGGUCUGAACCCAGGGGAGGCGCAGGUAGAGUAAAGGCUCUGGGUAAUGAUGAGCAGAAGAGGAAACUCCACGUGGGGCUGGAGGCUGGGGCAAGGCCUUGCACACACUGGCUGCAGGCCUGGGGCCAACUGGGACAGUGGGGAGAGUUGGGUAGCACCUAAGUCCCUCCUGGGGGCCAUGCACCAGUCACCUGGAGGCGUGGGGGUGACACCUUCAGAGAGAAGUGAGACAGAGUCUCAAGGGAGAAAAGAGAGCCAGGCUGCCUCUUCCCCAAGGGUAUUGCAACACAACCAGGACCACGGGAGAAAAGGUCUUGAUGUGGACUCCUUUUAAUGCUACCACUAUGGAGGUGUUAGGUAUAAACUCAGAGUUUAUUACGAUCGUUUCAGUCUCAGACGGGAGGAACAACUGACAACAUGCAAAGCAAGUGAGGACAAACCCAAGGUCCCCAGAGGCUGGCAGCUACAGAAAAGGUGACAUCUGAUGAGGCCGCAGACUCGGUCCAGAAGAGCUGGUGUGGCCACUCACAAGAGACUCCAAGGAGAGAAGCAGCCACUGCCAUACCCCACACAGGAAACAGAUGGAUUCAGUUCUGGUCUCAGGAUCCCAGGGCCUGCGGCUUCUGAACUUAUGGCAAGGCCUGACCUAGCCUCUGAGGGCAGGGGGACAGCCCAGACAGACCUUGGCCCAACUCCUCCCUCUCCUGUUACCCUGGAGCAUGGCCUGAGGGAAAGGAUGGAGAAAACGCUGUCCUCGCCUCAGGAGGCAGUUUUCAUUGGAAAAUAAGUUAGGUCCUUCGGCAGCGUUUCCUCUGGCAGCGCCGGGUCUCUGGGCUGCUGGGACUGACCGUGGCUUUGGGUGAGGGCGUGGGGGACUUGUGGUGGCCACAGCUCAUGCUCAGGACCCAGCCCAGCUUGUUUUGUAGCACCUGCUUGAGGCCAGGUGGCAAGGGCAGGCCCUCAAGCGUGUCCCCAGAGUUGGGUCGUAGCUGGCGCAGGCGGUGGCAACACAGGUACUGUAGGGAGGUGGCGCUGGCACAGGAGCGGAUGACCUUCAUGCUGCUCUUGGCCGCGGUGGAGCACACCAUUGGAUAGAACUUCCUGUUCUGCAGCUUUGUGGCUGCCACACCUAGAGGGGGCACAGCCUGAAUCCUGGGCCAGGAGGGGGCUUAGCCAUUCUUUGGACAUCCUCCUAAGAUAACUAGGGUGGCCCUCGUGCUGUCCCACCCUCUGGAGACCCUGGGACCUCAGGCUUCUUUCUUCAAAGAUAUCUUUUUGGAAGCCUUAGGGCCACUCAGCCUGGGCCCGUCUCUGCUUCCUACAGGACCUCAGUAGCAGCCACACCCCACAGGUCUUUGUCUCCCCUGGGAUCCUGGACACCCUCACCUAUGCACUUCCUGUUCUUAAAGAAGGUCAGUGUCCCGUGCCAGGUAUCCAGGUGCACGCCAAUAAUGGAGCCCUGGCCAAACCGCGAGGAGAAGGUCGUCUUGUCACCCUUGUGGUGGAGGAGCCCUAGGGGGCAGCAGGAGGCAAGGGGUUAGCCUAUGUCUGGGGGCCCCUCCCAGCAUGCCUGCCCUUCGGGGCCCCACAUACCUGUGUAGGAGAGGCCCCAGCUGUCCUCAUCCCUGCCAAGCAGGCUGCAGAACGUGUGGUGGUACUUGUCCAGGUCCACAUCUGACGUCCCAAUGCCCACCAUCUGGAGACAACAGGCCAGGCAGAGGGGGGCCGGGGCCAGGGCACCAGCAGAGCUCCUCCCCCCACAGCCCUGCCUGUCACUUACCAUAUCAGUGCCGUACACAGGUGAGGUCAUCUUGAUCUCCCAGAAGUGCUGCCCCUCCCCUAGUUCCUUGGUGCCUCGGAUGGCAGCUGUGCCGCAGCUGUACUCCACAUGGAAGUUGACCUUCCGGUUGUCACAGCUCAGCAGGGUGGCUGAGGACUUAUUCAAGUCAUCCCAGACCCAUUCAAAAUCUAGGAGGAGUGGGGAUAAGGACACAUAUGUAAUAACUUAAUAAAAAAAUUUAAAAAAAAAUGUAGGCGAGGAAAGGCCAGAUUGGGGUAGUCUCUUGAACCCCUGCUGCGUCCUCAUCUGGCCUAGCGACCUGCCCCUCAAGCCCAGUGACCCGCGCCAGGCACUUACACUCAUCUUCCUCCCCACAGCGGCAGUCCUUGCCCCGGUGCGCCGCUGUGUGCAGGCUGCUGCAGAAGGCGGCCUCGCUCUGAUUGUCACAGUUGCAGAAGGACUCACCCGUCACAGGCACAGCACUGGGGAUGGAUGCUGGCAGGGACGAGUACUCAGGGUCAGAGUCAGAGUCAC